UCCAUGAGUCCAUCGCACUCAUCGACGAGUCCAGCGUCGCCGGAGGCGGAGACUUCACGGCGAACUCCACCGGCGGCGAUGGGGAGCUCCCUGGGUAGCUGGCCAUCCUACAACCCCCAGAACUUCAGCCAGGUCGUCCCCGCCGACCCCUCCGCACAGCCCUUGAAUAUCGUACCAGCCACUUACAUUGCAACGCACAGGACAGAUCCACCUCCCGGUCAAGUGAUAACAACAGACCCCAAGAACAUCCUGUUGAGGCAUUUUUAUGAGAAAUCCGAGGAAGAGCUGAGGCAAAAGAGAGCUGCACCAGAUAAUCUCACCCCACAGAACAACGGCAAACAACCAAGAGGCCCUGUCGCUGAUGCUGGUGGUAGAAGCUAAAUCGCAGCUGGUGUUCCUUCCUGCGUCUCCGAUGGCCGUUGCAGCCGCUGCUCCUGAUGCGUGUCAUACUACCUGUAUGUUGCUUGUUCAGGCAUAUGAUUAGCUUGCUCACAUAGCAGUGUCAUCUCUCUUGUGUGACUGAUCAAAAGAGCUCUCCCAUGCAUGUACAAUGUACAUAGUACAUACCUACAUUCUCAGUGCGGCACCUUUGACACGGCACUAUUGCAGUCUUCUGUGUGCUGCGUGCAUGGAUGUGAGUAUAAAUGUGCCCACGCUAACCCCAACUUGAUCGAACCAUGACUCCAUAAUUGCCUCUGCGUCAGCUUUCCAAAGGCUGACAGUGAUCAUUGCCUCGCUUAUCUCUUAGCAUCACCUUCUUUUGUCAGAUUAUAUUAGUAGUGCAUAUCAAUCAUUCGUGCUCACGCCCGUUGCCUUUCUUUUGGUUUCCGUUUUCUUUUCUCAUCCAUUUCUGAACGACGACGGCAACGGCGUGGUCUCGUGAGAGAGAGACCGAAUUCCACUGGAAGAGGCCGUCGUUUGCCUUUGGCCCGGCGCGUUGUGUGCUCGCGGCGCCGUGCUGCGCGACGCGACGCGGGUCGCUGUCCAGGGGCAGCGGAGCGUGCACGGCUCGGCGUUUUGCUGUCCAGCUAAGCAGCGGCGGGCGAGGAAGACGCGCGCGCGUGAUGGGGAGAGUCAGCGUGCCCACGGCAGCGGCCAACCGGGCGCUCGCCGAUCGCUGUAUGUGUGUACCUUAGUUUGUGGGAGCCCGAAAGUAUU